ACAAGUUACAAGAGAUGUUCAUAGCACAUAUCAGUCAUUCUUAUACAAUUUAAAAAUAUAAUUGAAUUGGUGACAAGUCUGAAGUCUCUAUCUUUUUGCAUAUGGGUUGCAAUUUUUUCUCCAGCAUUUGGUUUUGAAAUUUAAACAAUUUCACCGAAAGUUUAGAUAUGGCUAGAUAACUUAUACACACACUAAACCCUAAUUCUGCUUCCAAGCCCCAAAAUCCCAACGCCUCAAAUUUUCCUUAACUCUUACUUUUCGGAUUAUCGGAGCUAAACCAUGGAUGUAGAAAACAACGUUGAUGCGAAUGCCAACGGAAGCUUGACCGCGACAGCCAACCAGCUGACAAAGUUCAGGUUCCAAUACGAUGAGGACGAAGAAGCUGAAACCAUCGAAGAAGUGGCCACCGAGAGCUCGAAUCUUGAUGAGGAUUCCUUAGUCACUGGGGAUGAUAAGACCAGCGCUGAUUACUUCUUCGAUUCCUACUCGCACUUCGGCAUCCAUGAAGUAAGUAUCAAAAUUAGGAAGUAAAGCUGUUGGCCUUACAGUUUUGUUACCUGUCGAAGGCAUUCUUUUUAUGUUUUCCACGAUAGUUUAAGAAAUGGAAAUUGAUGCCUCACAGAACUUGAGUUCUGAUGGUGGAGUGUAUGAUUGCGAUAGUGAUUCUGAGGGUUUUGUCAACGACUCAAUUGAUGAUGAACUUUUCUUUGCCACUGAUGACAUACCCAAGCUGCAAUUUAGGAAAGAGAGGUCGAAGGCGCAGUGGAUUGAAGAGUUGGGAAUGGCCGAGGUGCUGGAGAAAAAGGGUAGACUGUGGAUUACAACUGGGAUAAUUCGUUAUGGAAAGACAUAUUGCUCAAUAGAAGAAACUGUGUAUUUGGCUGAGAUAGGUGCCUUGGAUAUCUUGAAUGUUGACGAUACUCCCCUUCCCUUGAGUGAUAUGUACACAAAGCUAGCAGAAGAUGAGGAAAAGUAUGGAUGCUCUUGGGAGUCUUUUGAGGUUUACCGGCACCUGAAGUUUCUCGGGUAUAUUGUUGGCCGACAUGGUGUGGCUUGGUCCAUGAAGAAUGUGAAAAAUAAAACCAAUGCUGACGGUAGGGGAGAAUCCUGCAAUGUCGAUGACAGUUUCAUCACAGAUAUGUUUGGUAACAUGCAUAUUGGUGGAACUAGACCAAUAUUCGAUGUUUUUCCUCCUAAUAGCAAGUUCAGAAAGUCUUCUUCAGGCAAUCCAUCUUUUAUGCUCUGCCUAGCCAGUGGCCACCCUCCAUCCAGACAGGAGAUCGAGGACCUUGAGACAUGCUGUGGUCAAAUUCCUCUCAAAAUCUAUGUGGUCGAGCAUGGGAGAGUUAGUUUCUUGUCGUUCACCAAAGUCGAGCUGCCCACCCUUCCAUGACCUAUUUGCAGCCAUAUAAAGAUACAUAUAUCAACAGAUAAGGUACGGUUACCAUUUAUGCAAGUCAUUGCAAAAAACGCUGUAUGCCUUUUGUCAUCGAUGUUUAAGAGGGUGUUUGGGUAUGCGUAUUCAUAAGCUCCGAUCGCUUAGCUUAUAAGAGGUUUGAAGAACUUAUAAGUUAUUAAUGUGUUUGGAUAAUUGAGC